ACCGGAGUAGAUACGAAUACGUGUGGCAGAUAAAUGCGAAACUAAUUUUAAACAGCCCACAAUCAAUGCUGCGCUCACCUGCUUAGUUAGUUCCGCUGAGACCAACGCAGCACCUCAAAACUCAUGUCUUAUGUCAAAACUGUACCAGCCCUUACUCGGGCAGGCGUGGAUAUAAACGUCAGAAGACUGAAUAAUCUUUCUAACCGAAGAGCACAGUCCACCGUCGCCUCAACUCAGGCAGACCAGGAUGUCACCAACAGAGAGUCCUACUCUUCAAGGAAAAGCAGAAAUGCUUCCUCCUCUCCAAAGAUCUCUAUUGACUUUGAGCUGACACAGGAAGCAUACAAGAGUAAAGACAAUUUAGAACUGCUCAGAAGUUUGGUGGUUUUCAAACUGUGCUCCUAUGACCUUUUGGUUGAUAAGAACAAGGAGCUGAUGGAUAUCAGUAAGUUCCUACUGGGGAAGAAGGCAUUUGAGCAGUUUAUGAAGAUGACAUUCUAUGGCCAGUUUGUGGCGGGAGAGGACCACAAGUCCAUCAAGUCUCUGAUUCAAAAGAACAGGGCCUUCGGAGUGGGCUCUGUCCUGGACUACAGUGUAGAGGAGGACCUCACACAAGAGGAUGCAGUGACUAAAGAGAUGGACUCAUGUGUGUCUGCUACAGAGAAAGAAGGCAUGAGCAUGGACCACAGAGAAAAGCACUAUAAGGCUCACCAACAGUUUGGGGACCGUCGAGGGGGAGUGACCGGCGCCAGGACAUACUUCUACUCUGAUGAGGCCAAGUGUGACCAACACAUGGAGACCUUCCUAAAGUGUAUCAAAGCAUCUGGUGGGAGCUCAGUGGAUGGCUUCUCUGCCAUCAAGAUGACUGCACUGGGACGACCUCAGUUCCUGCUCCAGUUCUCGGAGGUGCUGGUGAAAUGGAAGCGUUUCUUCAGCUUCCUGGCGGCACAGCAGGGGAGAGAUGGCAUGGAGGCUCUGGAGCAGAGGCUAGAGCUGCGGCCACUACAGGAGUUUAUGACCACGCUGGGGGCCACAGGUGACUUCCAUGGCUGGUUCACUGGAGAGAAACAAGGAUCAGGAACCAUUGACAGGCUGGACUGGAACAGCCUGAUCGACGACAGAAUAAAGAUAUCAGAUCUGCUGGUUGUCCCAAAUUUAGAGACUGGUCAGCUGGAGCCCCUGCUCAAUAAGUUCACAGAGGAGGAGGAGAAACAGAUGAAGAGGAUGCUCCAGAGGCUGGAUGUACUUGCCAAUCAUGCAGAGGAGCACAGUGUUCGUCUGAUGGUGGAUGCAGAGCAGACCUACUUCCAGCCCGCCAUCAGCACACUGACUGUGGAGAUGCAGAGGAUCUACAAUAGAGGGAAACCUGUCAUCUUCAACACCUACCAGUGCUACCUCAAGGAGGCCUAUGAUAUGGUGACCAUGGAUGUUGAGUUGUCGAGGCGUGAGGGAUGGUUUUUUGGGGCCAAGCUGGUGCGUGGGGCUUAUAUGUACCAGGAGAGGAGCAGAGCGGAGGAGAUCGGAUACGAGGACCCCAUCAACCCUGACUAUGAGACCACUAACAUGAUGUACCACAAGUGUCUAGACUACAUCCUCGAUGAGAUUGUACUGAACAGAAAUGCCAAUGUCAUGGUUGCUUCUCACAAUGAGGACACAGUGAAGCACACCCUCAGGAGGAUGAGUGAGUUGGGCCUGACUCCCAUGGAGAACAAGGUGUACUUUGGACAGCUGCUGGGCAUGUGCGACCAAAUCAGCUUCCCAUUGGGCCAGGCAGGUUUCCCGGUCUAUAAAUAUGUUCCAUACGGGCCGGUGAAUGAGGUGAUACCGUACUUAUCCCGUCGUGCCCAGGAGAACAGGGGCUUCAUGAAGGGUUCCCAGAGGGAGAGGGAGCUUCUGUGGAAGGAGCUAAAACGCAGGCUGGCCUCGGGACAGGUAUUCUACAGACCUCAGCCUGAACCGGGUCUAUGAAAUUACAGCUAGCUAGCUGUCUGUCUGUGCUGUGUCAUGACGUUGGCCUCUGAGUAUAGCAACCCCAUCCCCUCUCCCUGCCACCCCCCUUGCCUCCUUCAACAAGGCUGCUGUGGUCAGAGGUCGUAAAUUCCUGAGAAGACCUCAUGGACACACAGUUAUAGAGAGUAGUCUGUCAUGGAGACAAAGGAAAUCCUUCCACCUCACAGAACUUGAGGUACGAACAAAUUUCAUGCUCUGGAGAAAGUGUAAAAGAUUGGUGAAGAAUCCAGCUACGAACUGGUCCGUUUGUCACAACUUGGGAAGCUCAUGGGAGACUGUGUGGCCACAUUACCAUAACGUUGUUUAUAUAAUAGCCCCAGAUAAAGGGUUUACAUCUAAUUGUUGUAUAAGAUGAAUGAGUGAGUAUGAUACUGUUUACACAAUUUUACAAUGUGAUUUUAGACUGUUUGAUGAAGAAAAACUCAAAAAGGGAUUGAAUUUGAACUAAAUCAGAGGACCGCCCCUGAGCCCAGUUAGGGUCAGACAUCCUGGGACAGCCCUUUUCUGCCAUUCUGAAUAAAACCCAACUUUGAGAAAUUAUCACCAGACC